AUGGAAACAAAAUCUGGUCCUGUCCAGAUACAAUCCGCUAAGAUUCGAUACGGUGAGGUGGAUGCGGAGAAGGAUAAGUCAAUAAUUGAUGUAUACUCCAAAGUCGACAACAUUAUAAGCAUUGUCCGGAAUGAUAAAUCGAUACUGACUAGAUUGGAGCAGCAUCUCGACAAUUUCAUGGUUGAUAUCGAGAAAGAAGUACCGUAUGAAGACCCAUCUCAACAAAAGUUGGACGCGAUCAGAGAUCACCUUGGUGUUUCCAUACCCGAUGAUGUAGACAUCCUACCACCAUCUGGAAUAAGGAACAAGGGUUGUGGUACUGGUAAGAGGUUGGUAAGCGUGUCUGAGAAAAUACAGUCUGUAAGCAAGAAAGCCCGUCGAAAAUGUGCGACAUAUGGCCAACGUACCAGCCAUGACUCACGCAAUUGCCCCGAAUUGAUAGAGUAA